AUGGCCGACUUCGCCCUCGAGUUCGCCUGGGAUGCCGUGCGCCGCGAGAUGGAUCAUAUCGCGACGCAUUUCGAGAACCCGCGGGGAAAGGACCCCCUCGCACUCGACACCGACUUUGCACUUUCCGACCCUGACACGCGAUUUGCAAUUGACCUCCGACAACUCGCCGAUGAGCCGCUAGUCUUCAUCGCUGGCGAUCUGCUCCCGUACGAGCGACUCGUGGUCAUAUCUCGCAUCCGCCACGAGAACAUCAACGGCUACGAGCGCUACGACUGGCUUGUGCCGGUCUUCGGCUGGCUGCACCUCGAGAUAGCGUUCGGCAACUCGCUUCUCAUUCAGUACGAGGGGACCGAUGCCGUAUACGGCCUCCGUCGUGCUUUUCAGCUCAUGAACCGCAAAGGCCUGCACAAGGUGCAGACAAAGGGACCAUUCUGGCAUCAUCUCGAUGAGGCGCUCCAUCACGUCGCCGAAAGCAUGAUCCUCACACUGUGGGGCAAAGUGUCUGGACUGCCAGAUCCAGGCAAUCUCUUUGCACAUCAACGGAAGUCUCCCGAGGAGCUCCCGCUCAUGGCGGAGGAGAUCUACGACAAGCAUGUCUCCCGGCGUGGAUGCUGCCGAGGUUCGCGCUCGUUCGCUCAUGUUCAUCUUCGAUGUGCUACCGUACAUCGAACUACGUAA